UUCAAUUCACAAGAAAUUGCUUCAAGUUUGGUUUCGGACUGAGUGAGUCAGCUGGCACGCCAUAGGUUUCAUUUGUCAGGAAAGGCUAGGACUUGACACUAUAAAAACCAGAGCCUCAAACGAUCUUUACAGAAAGCGAAAUGGGACUAUUUCUCUUUAUUGGAGCAGUGGCAGGAGCAGGUGGGGCCAUAGCCCUGGCACCAGUUGCCUUGGGAGCAGUAGGCUUCACUGCUGCCGGUAUUGCUGUCAAUUCCAUAGCUGCCGGUAUGAUGGCCGCAGCCGCUACCGCCAACGGAGGUGCUGUGGCAGCUGGAUCGACUGUGGCUUUGUUGCAGUCAGUUGGUGCUGCAGGCUUGGGUGCAGCUGCUACAGCAGCAGUGGGCAGUGUCGGAGCAGUGGUGGGGACGGCUGCAACUGCAGCUGUUCUCUUCUGACCAUCCCAAUUCACUACUCCACCUUGAAGGAGGAGUCUCAUAUCUAGUGCCAAUAAUCACAUGAAGGCUAUUAUGAUUCUCUUGUUGCUCAAAGCAGGAGCACUUAUGACUAUUACUCAUAUUUACUAUUUUAAGAGGAAAGCUAGUGCGUGACUGUGAUGAUAACAUUUUUUAUAAAAGAAACACUUUUGUAUAUAAUUAAA